AUGUCUAUAACUCAUCAUAUAAGGGAGCCUUUCAAUCAAAAGUUAUACCAAUUCUAUUGUUGGCUAUGUGAACAAUCCACAGAACUAACAGCUCAUCAAGCCACAUUCCUUAUAGAGGAGAUACAACGCUUAGCCGGGUACCCAUCCACAUCCAAACACUUUGCUUUCAAUGGAGAAGAUGUCUCCUACAGGGAAUUAUUAUCUUUAUUGGAAAACUUAUUUGCUGAUGAUACUAAGGAAUUAGAAUGUACAAUCGAUGCUUUGUUUGAUCGUUACUUAAACCAAGUUAUAAAUAAGGGUUUUAUCCGAUUCCGCUGUAAAUCCGCUGGGAAGAUAGGUUGCUUCACGCGCUUGAACCGAUGGAGUAACGUUUGGAUUUCUGUCGAGCCUGGCCUCGUCGUUUUACAAAAGUUGAAACGAAACAGCAUGGGCCAAAAGAUUGAAAUCACCCUUGAUAGGUCUUACACAUUAAAAAACUUGUACCAAGAAGACAGCAUGUUCAUAACCGGUGUUGAAGGCAAUUCCAAGACAUUUGAAUUUGCUCAUUACGAUUUGAAUUCAUGUCGCUUACUAGAGAAAGCACUUCAAUUAUCGUUAACUGUCUUAACAGCUGAAGAACUGACACGAGUUGAUAAACGAACUGCAAGUCAUUACCAUGGUCAAGAAGUCGAAUUGGAGGCAGAAAAGCGGGAAAGAUUAGAAAAAGAAAAGUUGAAGCUGGAACGAGCACUGGAGGAAGAGAGACAAGCUUUGAAAGACGAGGAAAUAGUAAGAGGAUUAGCGACGAGAAUGCUGGAGGAAGAGAGGUUAAAAAGCGAGCAGAUGGAACGCGUGCUUGAAGAACUUCAGCAGAGGUUAUACACCAGAAAUCUCACAGACGAAGAUGAGGCCCCAACUGAUGAUGAUCAACCAGAGCCAUACGAAGUAGACCCCAUUAAUGAUCAAACAUUCAGAGAAUAUGCAAAUGAAUUGGAACAUAUGCAUCAAGAGUCAUUACUACCGAAUGGAGAAGACAUAUGGAGUAAGCAGGAUCUGCUAAUAAUAUCAACGCAAUCUAUUUGA